GUCAGUCCGUCAGUCGGAGCCGGAGCCGGAGCGCGCGCCGCGGGAGCUGCGGGCGCUCGCAGCGUUCGGGAGAGGAGCGUCGCGCCCGGCGAGGCGGCGGCGGCGGCGGCGGGGAGGAGGAGGGUGCGAGCAGCUGCUGCCUCGCGCGGGGGCCCCCGGGAGGGCCGAGGGGCUGCCACGAUGGAGCAGUUGUCGGAUGAAGAGCUUGACCAUGGUGCUGAGGAAGACAGCGACAAGGAAGACCAGGACCUGGAUAAGAUGUUUGGAGCCUGGCUCGGCGAACUGGACAAACUCACUCAGAGUUUGGAUUCUGACAAGCCCAAAGAACCAGUGAAAAGAUCUCCUCUUCGCCAGGAAACGAAUAUGGCCAACUUUUCUUACCGUUUCUCCAUAUACAACUUGAAUGAAGCUCUGAAUCAGGGAGAGACUGUGGAUCUGGAUGCCCUGAUGGCCGACCUCUGCUCCAUAGAGCAGGAGCUGAGCAGUAUUGGCUCUGGAAGCAGUAAGCGCCAAGUCACAGAACCAAAGGGCACUCAGAAGCCACCUGCCGGCCGACAUCCAUCGAAACAUGGCACCCUCAGAGCCUUACCAUCUUCCUCCGCUAGAACAGCUAACCCUUCCCAUGCCAACUACUCCCUGGAUGACAUCACCGCGCAGCUAGAACAGGCUUCCUUGAGCAUGGAUGAGGCCGCUCAGCAGUCCGUGGUAGAAGAGUCUAAGCCUGUAGUGACGAAUCAGCACCGAAGGACUGCGUCGGCCGGCACCGUGAGCGAUGCCGACGUCCGCUCUAUCAGUAACUCCUCCCGUUCCAGCAUCACUUCCGCAGCGUCUAGCAUGGAUUCUUUGGAUAUCGACAAAGUGAUGCGUCCUCAGGAGCUGGAUUUGACAACGCAUCAGGGCCAGCCGAUUACUGAGCAUGCUAUUUCUCUGAGAUGCCCCAGUAAGCAGGCCAAGCACCACUCUGACGUCACAGAAGAGCAGGCUGAGCUGACACCUCACUCCUAUCUGGACAGGGAAACCUCCCUUCUUCUGAGAAACAUUGCAGGAAAACCUUCUCAUUUGCUGACCAAGGAGGAACAGGCGGCGAAACUGAAAGCUGAGAAGAUCAGAGUUGCCUUGGAGAAAAUUAAAGAGGCCCAAGUCAAAAAGCUGGUGAUCAGGGUCCACAUGUCAGAUGACAGUUCUAAAACAAUGAUGGUGGACGAGAGACAGACAGUAAGACAAGUGCUGGAUAACCUGAUGGACAAAUCUCACUGUGGCUACAGUUUGGACUGGUCGCUGGUGGAGAGCAUUUCUGAGCUACAGAUGGAGAGAAUCUUUGAAGACCAUGAAAACUUGGUUGAAAAUCUUCUUAAUUGGACAAGAGACAGUCAAAACAAGCUUGUAUUUAUGGAGCGUAUAGAAAAAUACGCACUUUUUAAAAACCCCCAGAAUUAUCUUCUUGGGAAAAAGGAAACGGUUGAAAUGGCCGACAGGAACAAAGAAGUGCUGUUAGAGGAAUGUUUUUGUGGAAGCUCUGUAACUGUCCCAGAAAUUGAAGGAGUCCUUUGGCUGAAAGACGAUGGCAAGAAGUCCUGGAAAAAGCGUUAUUUUCUCUUGCGAGCAUCUGGCAUCUACUACGUCCCUAAAGGAAAAGCGAAGGUAUCUCGGGACCUGGUGUGCUUUCUACAGCUGGAUCACGUCAACGUGUACUACGGGCAGGACUAUCGGAGUAAAUACAGAGCCCCCACAGACUGUUGUCUGGCGUUAAAGCACCCACAGAUCCAGAAGAAGUCUCAGUAUAUCAAGUACCUCUGUUGUGACGAUGUGAGGACUCUGCAUCAGUGGGUCAAUGGGAUCCGAAUUGCAAAGUAUGGGAAGCAGCUCUACACAAACUACCAAGAAGCCUUGAAGAGGACAGAGUCCGCUUACGACUGGACUUCGUUAUCCAGCUCCAGCAUUAAAUCUGGAUCCAGUUCUUCCAGCAUCCCAGAGUCUCAGUCAAAUCACUCCAACCAGUCUGACAGUGGAGUCUCUGACACCCUGCCAACAGGACACGUCCGUUCCCAAAGCACUGUGAGCUCCAUCUUCUCGGAAGCCUGGAAGCGUGGCACUCAGCUGGAAGAGUCCGGCAAGGCCAGAAUGGAAUCUAUGAAUCGGUCCUACACUUCACUCAUGCCCCCUCUGUCCCCUCAAACUAAGAUCCUCACCCCUUACACUGCCUCACAACCUUCACCCCCCCUGCCGCCUCCUCCACCGCCACCUCCUCCCCCUCCUCCACCCCCACCCCCUCCCCCUCCCCCUCCCCCUCUGCCCAGCCAGUCUGCACCUUCUGCAGGCUCCUCGGCCACCAUGUUCGUCAAGUACAGCACAAUCACCAGGCUGCAAAACGCAGCUCAGCAUUCAGGGCCCCUGUUCAAGGCUCCCCCGCCCGCAGUGAUGCAGCCCCCGCCUCUGGCUUCACAGUCCCUCAAGGCGCAGAUGGUGGUGCCCCCCAAUGGAGUUAUUCCUCCACCCCCUCCUCCCCCACCACCCCCAACCCCUGGGUCAGCCAUGGCCCAGUUAAAGCCGGUGCCGUGCGUCCCGUCCCUGCCCCAGUUCAGCCCCCAGCCACCUCCGCUGAAGAUUCAUCAAGUCCAGCAUGGUCCUCAGGCGGCCCCUCCCACACCUCCACCGGCUCCUCCCAUCCCUCCAGCUGGCCCCCCUCAAGCGCCCCCUAAGCCCCUGGUGACCAUUCCUCCCUCAGCCAGCACCAAAACUGUGGCGCCCACGGUGGCCCAGUCCGUACCGCCCGCCCCUGCACCUCCAGUGCCCCCGGCAAAGAAGCAGCCCGCUUUCCCCGUUUCUCACAUGGCACCCUCUCCCCCUGUCCAGCCUGCCCCGUGUCCCCCACCGACACUGCCCAAGCAGCAGAGCUUUGGGGUGAAGCCACCGCCCUCUCCUCUGUCCCCUGUGCCCUCGGUUGUAAAGCAGAUAGCCAGUCAGUUUCCACCGCCUCCCACUCCUCCUCCUGUGGACGCGCAGCCCCCCAAACCCCUCCCAGCAAGUGUCACCCCACAGUCCCCUCCUGCGGUGAAAGCAAAACCCAAAUGGCAGCCCAGCUCAAUCCCUGUCCCUUCCCCAGAUUUCCCUCCUCCCCCUCCAGAAAGCAGCCUGGUGUUUCCUCCUCCGCCUCCUCCAGCCCCGGCCCCGGCCCCGGCCCCGCCACCAGCGCCGCCCAUGGCCUCACCUCUCCCCGACAAAGGCGGAUCUCCGGGCAAAAAGCCGAGUAAGACGUCCAGCCCCGGGGGGAAGAAACCCCCCCCAACCCCGCAGCGCAACUCCAGCAUGAAGUCGGGCAGUUGUGCGGAGCACCCCGAGCCCAAGCGACCCUCGGUCGACAGUCUAGUCAGCAAGUUCGCACCGCCAGCCGAGUCGGGGUCUCCCCACAAGGAGACGCCACCACCUCCGGCAGCACCCCCCAAACCUGGGAAACUACACCUGUCUGGAGUCAACCUCCCCGGAAUCCACCAGCAAGGGAGUGUGUCUACAAAACCCUCCGUUCUGAGUGGCCGUGGGAAGGACUCCGUAGUGGAAUUUCCGUCUCCUCCUUCCGACUCUGACUUCCCACCCCCUCCACCCGAGAUAGAGCUUCCUCUGCCCCCUAUUGAGAUUCCCGCCGUGUUCUCGGGAAACACCUCCCCCAAAGUGGCAGUUGUUAACCCUCAGCCACAGCUAUGGUCUAAAACAUCAGUGAAGAAGGCCCCUCCGCCUACCCGGCCCAAACGAAACGACAGCACCCGCCUCACCCAAGCUGACAUCUCUGAGCAACCAGCGAUGACCACAGUUGUGCCCCAAGUGCCCACCUCCCCCAAAUCCAGCCUUAGUGUCCAGCCUGGAUUCCUAGCCGAUCUUAACAGGACACUGCAGCGCAAGUCUAUCACAAGGCAUGGCUCCCUCUCCUCCUCACGCAUGUCCAGAGCAGAACCCACAGCCACCAUGGACGACAUGGCGCUACCCCCACCCCCACCAGAACUGCUGUCCGACCAGCAGAAGGCUGGCUUUGGAGGUAGUCAUAUUUCCGGCUAUGCAACAUUGCGAAGAGGACCCCCUCCUGCUCCCCCUAAAAGAGACCAGAAUACUAAGCUCUCGAGAGACUGGUAGCCACAAGACUUCUUUUCAUGUUAUCUAUAAUCAGUUCUACAAUCAGUUCACCUGAUCAUCUGUGAAUCCAGGUGUUCAGAGCCUCCCGAUAUGUUAUUCAGGUAGUGUCCAGCUAUGUGUGUGUUUGUGUGUAUAUGUGCUGCGUGUGUGUACAUACAUGUGCACACAGCUCUAUAGAUUGUGUGUGUAUAUACACGUAUGUAUACAUCUGUGAAUGUGUAUAUAUAGAGAGAACUGAUUCUAUUUAUUCCAUUUGCCUCCUAAUCAGAAAAUGGGGUUUUGUAUAUUUUGAGUGGAAGGACACAUAGGAGGGGAUAUGUUGUCAUUUAUAAUUUGUUUAUCAUAUGGAUUGGACCAAAAUCUAGAAGGUAUUUCAUCAGUGUCUGUCCAUGUGCCACCUAUCUGUGCAUGUUUCUAGAAGGAAGAAAUGGAUGGGCAGUUUCUCAGUUUAAAACUAUCGUCCAGAUGUUUGGUAUAGCUGUAGGCUGUUUUGUUGGGUUUUCCGGGUUGUCUUGACCGACACUUAAAUACUCUAUGGAAAGGGCACUUUCAAUCAGGAAAACCUUCAUGCUACAGAACGGGUAACUAGAGCAGGAAGGGCCAUCCUGAGGACACUGUGGUUGGACGUGGGGAAGUCACGGCUCUUGUAGCUGCAGUAGGCCUGCCGGGACCCAGCCACACCUGCAAUGGCUUCACAGGUCAGUUUUUUGCCUACAACACAACGAAUAUUUAAUGCUCCACUUCUAAUCCUAGCCACUUUCAGUACUGUCUUCAGAAGCCUCAUCAACUUGGCUUCAUGAGUCUUGCUUUAUUGUGAGAACGUCCAGUACACACUGUAAUGUACUACCCCAGUUAUUUCUUUGGGUCAGUUACCUUUGCAUAUAGUAUGUACAUUAACAGACAUUUGAAUCCGUGGAUAGUCCAAAUAUGAAAUAUACUCCGUGUGCCCAAUGCAGUACAUCAUUUAAAACAAAGUCAACUUCUGCAAUGCCUUCUUUACAAGUUGUUCUCUACGAGAGAUGAGGAAGAAAAGACAGAACUGGGCUUUUCCUGUCUGUCAGAACUGUCUGUCAUUUCAGACAGAAUGGCCCUGGACCAGUGUCAUUCAUCAGGUUGUAUUGCAAAGAAUCCAUUUAGGAUAUAACAAAAUGAGUUUUCAUAAUUUCACCCAUAGCUACUGGAGCUGCUAAGAUCUUUGCUGUUUACAGCUGGAGUGUAGAGAUUUUACAGGUGACCAGGUGUUCUGAUGGAGCAGUGUCAUAGUCCAGUUACAGUGACAGUAGCAUAUGCAUGUACCGUUGGGCAAAACUUAGGAGCACUACUCUGAUGACACUACUGUGCUUAAUUUUUUUCUUGGUACAUGAGAAAAGUAUGUGCUUGUCAACUUACAGUGAUAGGUUGAUGGGACUAAAAUGCAGUCUUAGCUAUUUUUAAGUAAGAGAAUAAAAACUGGCCAUCCCACCAAUUACAAAUGAACACAUCUCGUAAAGAGAGUCUGUGCCUAUUAUAAAGAUAACCAGUGCUAAAUGCAGACAUCUUCUGGUCCAGUCCCUCGAGCAGAAAAUAACUCCAGCGAAUCUGGGUAAAGAAGAUAAACAAUUGUUGAAUAUAGUCUCAGUACUGUGUGCCAAGUUUCACUACAAUACUCUCCAAUGAGGAACUGCAUCAUAAAGAUGUGUAAGUGGCACUGCCCAUCACAUCUGCAGCCAUUCGUCACUACAGCCAUGAAGUUAGGGGGAAAUGACUGUAAGUCAUUGUGCUUUUUAAAAACCCAACUUAAAGUUACUUUUUGGAUCUUUCAAAUUGCUCACCAAGUAUUUAUGUGCUUGCUAUUCUUAUGAUUAUGACCUUUAAUCUACCUGCACUGUGAGUUUCAACAUGCACAACAAACGUAGCUAAUCUGAGCACAGACGCCAGGCCACACUGAAGUACUUCCUCAUGCUCAUCAACCUGCAGCUCUACAUUCAAUCUACAACAAACCUCGAGUGUGGAUCCAGUGACCUCUGGUGCUUAUCUCCGGGGGUGUUUUUGUUUUCUUUUUAAAUUAAGCCAGGUAGAUAACUUAAGGCUUCCUUGAGUGGAAAAAUACGUACCUCCAAUCUAGACUGAGCCCUAAAUCAACAACUUUGAUUUCUUCAGGGUUGACUUCAGGGAAUUCUUAGGUCCAUCCCCAGCCACUGCUCCUGGUUUUGUUUUCAAGGGAGAACAGGUAUCUUUGAACACUAGUAAUGUUCAGAAAAUGAGAGGAGGUCAACUGUCCAUUUCUGACUCCUCAUGUGACAGAUGCAGUUUCUUUCUAUUUCUCCAAAGACAGACAUAGCUGUUAAUUUAAAAAAACACCAAAGGUGACACAUUGCCAUCUUCCUUUCACUGCCCAGUGUGGGGAGGCUCUGCUGAGGCUCUGCUGAGGUGUAGCUUCAGUCUUGCUCUGGUGGGUUCAUGGACAAGACCUGCUGCCCGCUGACACCAGUUCUGACGCCUUCACUGCCUGCCCUCAGCUCAGCAGCUCCAGCCUCAUGACCUUCGCAGGAGGCUGCCUGGACACUACCUAGUGGGCAGGAUAAAUAAGUGCUUUUCAGAAUCGGUGACCCCCUCAAGUUUUACUAUAUAGGGAAUUUCAAGUCUCUUAGUGCUUAAAGUCUGGGCACCAACUCUGAAGCAGAACUUAUUCCGACUAUAACAACCUACCUGCGGUUCACAGGUUUUGGCAUGAAUACUGUUCUUUCUCUUUUCUUUUAAGUUUUUCGAGACAGGGUUUCUCUGUGUAGCUUUGUGCCUUUCCUGGGCACAGAGAUCCGCCUGCCUCUGCCUCCCGAGUGCUGGGAUUAAAGGCAUGCGCCACCACCGCCCAGCAUGAAUACUGUUCUUAGUAAAUCUCCUCAGCUUGGCUUUUACUCCCACAAGAUUUAAAUGCACUUUCUCUUUUCAGUUGCUGGAAUUCUCAUUUGGAGGGGGGGGAAAGUUUUCUUCAGACAUCCACGUAACUGUAUAAUGAUUUUUUUUCAAUGUCUAAAUUUUUAAUGAGAGAAAGAUGGCUGGAUCUUAAUGAUCAAAAAGACCUAUUUUCAUUAGACAAUUAAAAGUAAGGAACAAUGGGUUUUUUGUUUUGUUUUUAUAAAGUCCUUCAAAAUCAAGGUGCUCCUACCCACUGAUGUCCUAUCUUGUAAAGGGCUGAAAACUGUUUUAGGUUUCCUCUCUUUAUUGUACUUUGAUGUUAUAAAUAGUACUGAGUUUGUCUAAAAAGUUAAAAUUGAGGUCAAAGUAAUUCUAACAGGGUAACAACUCUAAGGUCAGGAUCAGCAGGAAUCCAGGUUUCAAAAGCUGAGCAGUAGUGUGAAUUGGUUCAUCAGACUUCCAAAAGAACACGUCACCUUUGCUACUCAAAUAAAACAGCUUUAAGUUACAGAUACAAGGUGGUGUUUAAGCAAGUAAAAAACCCAUUCCAAACAUUUUCAUGUAUCGUCAGAACUAGCACUAAAACUGAUGUAACUCCAGAUUUUACUCCAAUUUAGAACAAUUAAAACAAUAUCCUGUAUGAAUGUGAUGGCUUCAUUUAAAAAAAAAAGGCUUAAUUAUUUUUGUUUAUACAUGAAGAUGGCUUUCCCUUAGAGAAAUUCCUUUCAAAUUACACAAACCUUUUGGAACUUUAAUUUUUUAAAAAAUGUUUAACUUUAUGUUUUCUGUAAUAUGUGACCCCUCCAAAGUUGACCCAAAAGGAAAUGCAAGAAAAAAGUCCCACCAUCUUUUAAGAUGGUCCUUUUAAAAUCCAGUGAAAAUGUGUUAUGAAACAAUGUAUUUCAUACACAAUGUGUUGGCAGGCAUGGGCUCUGGUUUGCUGUGAAGUAAGCCAGUUAGAAAGCUAUCUGCUAUAACAUAAUCCCCAGUGCCUUGAACUCACUAGAGGAAUAGCAUCUAAAAACAACAGUCACCAACUAAACUUGGAGGUGCUAACCAAAGUGAAGACAGGUAAGUAUUUUUGAAGGGGGGAAUAACUGUCUUAAAUUACAAGAGUUUUCAUCCACCUAAAUGGAGUCUGGCUGUUUUCUACCAAAGAUGUUUAGAGAAGCGGCCCGCGUCAACACUGGGUCCUACUUCAGAGGCAGCCAGAUCUGGGAGCCUGUUGUCCAUGAAUUUCAAGCAAGUGAUGGUUAAACUUCUUAGGAAGACGACGUGGCUGCAGCACUUAAGGGAGACGGGAUACAUUUUUAGGAACUAUCCAUUCAUUAAAUUUGUUACAAUUUAAUACCAAAAACUGCCGUUUUCAUAAUUCCACCUCCUAGUUUUUCCUGUAUCUGUAAAUAGUUCCUCCUAGGAAAUAAGCAUUAACUGGAAUGUUUGAAAUGACUGUGCUUAGUUUUACUAUCAGCCUCUAGUGAACUCUUCUUGCAGAGAUGCGUAAGGUAAACUAUGAUUAGCUUGUGCUCAGUGUUGUAAAAAUACUGUUUACUGUUUUCAAAGAAUUGCACAUUAUCUCUAACCGGGGUUGUCUUCUCCUUUCCCUGGAGUCAAGGCUCACGCUGACUUCUAGCUGUGGGAACUUUGUCAUAAACAGAUAUAAUGUAGAAGUAUACUUUUUUAAAGCAUGAAGAUAACAAAUGUACCAGAAAGAGGACAUUAUUCAGAGGAUUAUGCACAGCUUGGUAAAGAUGAAGUUGUGGUUUUCUUGCAGCCUUUAUUGUUUUCUUCUGCAUAAAUGUACACUCAUUUCAUUAUGUGCCUUGCUCCCUGAUUGUGCAAAGCUAUAUAUACACACAAAUAUAUAUAUAGAUAUAUAUGAGAAAGAGAUAUAUUCAUUCAGUACUACUGACAUGUUUUUAUUCUACUGCUGGAUUAAGUUAGUUUCCGAGUUACACUUGCCACUUGUCAUAAACUAUUGUAAUGGCUUAGGACAGUCGUCAGAAAGCCACAGAAAAUUUGUUUUUCUAGUUACAUAUUUUAUGUCAUCUAGCCCAAUCCUUAAUUUAAAAAAAUUAAAUAGAUUCCAUUUAAACACAA